GCAUGUGAUCAAACAAGGAAGUUAGAAUGUAACGUUUCACUGAAGCAAAGUGUUUCACUUCUCUGCGGAGAUUUAACUUUGUAAACAUUAGAUCCAACAACCUGCUGAGUCCGGAGGCUGCUGGAGUUUUAACCACGUGUUCACGGCGGUGACGUGUUGUUGUGUUGUUGUUGUGUUGUUGUUGUUGUGAUGUCGGUGCAGCGUGACGUCUGAACAAGAUGUUCGUGUCGCUCCUGGUUUCUACUUUCUGGACCCUGCUUCCACUCGGACACUCGUCGCUGCCGCUCGUUAUCAACACGUGGCCCUUCAAGAAUGCGACAGCUGCAGCGUGGAGCACCCUGCAGUCCGGCGGCUCAGUGUUGGAUGCAGUGCAGAUGGGCUGUGCUCGUUGUGAAAUGGAGCAGUGUGAUGGCAGCGUCGGCUAUGGCGGGAGCCCAGAUGAGACCGGGGAGACCACGCUGGAUGCCAUGAUCAUGAAUGGGGAUACGAUGGAGGCGGGUGCAGUUGCAGACCUGAGAAGAAUCAAGAAUGCCAUCGGAGUAGCGAGAGCUGUGAUGGAGCACACCGACCACACGAUGCUAGCAGGAGAGUCCGCCUCUGUGUUUGCUGAAAACAUGGGCUUCGUCGCAGAAGACCUGACUACCAACAAAUCUAUGAAUAUUUUCUCACAGUGGCUGAAGGGCAACUGCCAACCUAAUUAUCGAAAGAAUGUCUUUCCAGAUCCUUCCAAGUCCUGCGGACCGUACAAGCCCAGGGCGACACUGAAACAGUACAACAGGCCACAGCAUGCUAAUACGCGCUCCCACGACACCAUAGGGAUGAUUGCUGUUGAUGGAGAUGGUCACGUGGCUGCUGGCACAUCCACCAAUGGAAUGACUCACAAAGUUCCUGGUCGUGUCGGGGACUCUCCUAUAAUUGGAGCAGGGGCCUAUGCUGACAGCUCAGCUGGUGGUGCAGCAGCCACAGGAGAUGGAGACGUCAUGAUGCGCUUUCUGCCAAGUUACUUGGCCGUGGAGCUGAUGAGGGCCGGGGCAGAUCCCUCGGCAGCAUGCAAGACGGCCAUUUCCAGAAUCAAGAGGCAUUACUCAGAGUUCUUUGGAGCCAUCAUCUGUGCGAACACAACAGGCCAUUAUGGUGCCGCCUGUAACAAAGUCGCUGGCUUCUCCCAGUUCCACUACAUGGUGUCAAACUCCGAGUCGGACACGCCACUCCUGAAAUCCGUCGACUGCUUUUAAACCGUGUAUGAAUGUUUGUGUCUCUUUUAUACGUAAAUGAAUUAAACAGCUUCCAGGCAGUGUCUUUAUGAUGAUGAUUUUGGUUUUGAUUAGUUAAUAAAAUGAAAUAAAUACUUCAUUUACACA